GUCGACUCAGUCUCCGGCGAGUUCGACUCGGAAAUAUCAAACACCCUCCCUCCGUUCAAAGAAGAAGAAGAAGAUGGCGUCUGAGCUGACAUACCGGCGACACGAGAUGGAGCAACCAGAAGCGGAAUCUUAUUAUCCGAAGCCGAUAAAGCCGUGGUUCGUAGCGAUUCGUCCGAUCCGUUACAUGCUACGAGAACAGAGGCUCGUCUUCGUCCUCGUCGGCAUUGCCAUCGCCACAUUAGGAUUCACAAUCUUCUCCAAACCGUCCAACCAACCAAUUCCGUACGACGUGGAUCCGCUUCCCGGAUACGGAAUGCGAUCGGAAUCAUCGUAUUUGCCGGCGAUGCAGAAGAAGGCGAGCAUCGAGUACAUGAGCCGGAUCGGAUCGGCAGGCGGCAAAAUCCCUCUAGGCCUGAAACGGAAAGUGCUAAGGGUGGUUGUGACAGGUGGAGCAGGAUUCGUCGGGUCUCAUCUGGUGGACCGGUUGAUGGCGAGAGGAGAUAACGUGAUCGUGGUCGACAAUUUCUUCACCGGAAGGAAAGAGAACGUGAUGCACCAUUUUAGUAACCCUAAUUUCGAAAUGAUCCGUCACGAUGUAGUGGAGCCGAUCCUACUUGAGACGAAUGUGGUGGGAACAUUGAACAUGUUGGGGCUAGCGAAGAGAGUAGGAGCAAGAUUCUUGCUGACGAGUACAAGUGAGGUCUACGGAGAUCCUCUUCAACAUCCUCAGGUUGAGACUUACUGGGGCAACGUUAAUCCCAUCGGUGUUCGGAGUUGUUACGACGAAGGCAAACGUACCGCUGAGACUUUGGCCAUGGACUAUCACAGAGGCGCUAAUGUUGAGGUUAGGAUUGCUAGGAUCUUCAAUACUUAUGGCCCAAGGAUGUGUAUCGAUGACGGUCGUGUGGUUAGCAACUUCGUUGCCCAGGCAUUAAGAAAAGAGCCUUUGACUGUUUAUGGUGAUGGUAAGCAGACAAGGAGUUUCCAGUUUGUCUCUGAUCUGGUGGAGGGUCUGAUGAGGUUGAUGGAGGGAGAACAUGUCGGUCCAUUUAACCUUGGUAACCCCGGUGAAUUCACCAUGCUCGAGCUCGCUAAGGUGGUUCAAGAGACGAUUGACCCGAACGCAAAGAUAGAGUUCAGACCAAACACAGAGGACGACCCACACAAGAGGAAACCAGACAUCACAAAGGCCAAAGAGCUUCUUGGUUGGGAACCAAAGGUGGCUCUGCGCCAAGGACUCCCACUUAUGGUCAAAGAUUUCCGUCAACGUGUCUUUGGCGACCAAAAGCAGGAAUCUUCCACCACUUCAUCAUCAACAGAGUAAUUCUAGUAGCAGGAGAGAAUCUCGUUUC